CAAAAAUCAUGAAUAAAGAGGCAGGCAAGUUCCCUGACCCAGAAGAGUGGAAGGACGACUCAGAAGAAGAGUCUGACGAAGCCCACUCGGAAGCUGAAGCUUCCGACUCUUCCGAAGGUGAAGAGCAUGAAAGUGACAAAGAAGAGGAAGAAAAAGAAGGCUCUGGACCAAAAAUCUACAAAAACAAGAAAAAGGGAGGAAAACAUUUCAAACGUGAAAAGAAGGCAACUGGCCCAAAACUAAUCACCGAAAAGAACGAGUGGGGAGACUACAAAGUAAAGGCUCUCCAGGUCAGACAGCUCGAGAAGGAUGUCGCCCAAGAAGAACUCAACCAAAGUAGUUCUGAUGACGAAGCCGCCCCAACCCCAGAAGAAAUCGAGGCUCAGAGAAAAGCUGAAGAAGAGGAAAAGAAGCAAAAGGAAGAGCAAAUAAGGAAAGAGAAAGAACUUGCCAAAAUGAGCAAAGAGGAAAAGACUCAAAAAGAACUCGAAGAAAUGGAUAAACUCUUCGAAGAAAUGGGCAUCGAAGUGGAGAAGGAAGAACCCAAAAAGCCUAAAAACAAGAGGAAGAGGAAAAAGAAGAACAAGAACAAGCAGAAUGAAGGAGAAGCUCCAGCCGAAGAAGAAAAGAAGGCAGAAGUUUCCACACCAGCUGAGCCACAACCAGAGGCUCAAACUCAGGAGGAAGAAGAUUUAGACCCUGAAGAAAAAGAAGCAAAAAUCAGAGAAGCCCUCAAGAAUAGAUUCAACAAAGGAGGCGCCAAGAAGGGUCAAGCUGACGACGCUGUGCUCUUGGCCAAGAAGCAGGCUAUCAACAAAGCAAACAAGAAAAAGAAGACUGGGAAGAAGGCAAAGAAGAUGGGAUAUGAUUUGUAGCUUGGAGAAUCAAUCUUAUCCAUGCGAUAA